UCGGGGGCUGCGGGCCGGCGCAGAGCGGCAGCGCCGUGCCCGGGCGCGGAGCGGAGCGGAGCCUCCUCCGGCCCCUGCUCCGGCCCCUCCGGACCCGGCUCGCCCCGCUCAAGCCCGAGCCCGCGGCGCCCCGGCCCGGCCGCGCACCCGCCGGAGCCCGGGCCGGACCCCCCUUCCCGGGCCGGACCCCCCCUUCCUUCCCGGACCGGCGUCGAUGCUGAGCGGGCCGGGUGCUCUGCCCACCUUCCCCGCACCAUGGAUGGCUUCUACGACCAGCAGGUUCCCUUCAUGGGCCCCGGGAAGUCCUGCGCAGAGGAGGGCCGAGGCCGGCCGGGGUCCGAUAGGAAAAGGAAGUUUUUAGAGACCGACCUGGCCCACGACUCAGAAGAGCUCUUCCAGGAUCUCAGCCAGCUCCAAGAGGCCUGGCUAGCUGAAGCUCAGGUCCCCGAUGACGAACAAUUUGUCCCAGAUUUCCAGUCUGACAACUUGGUCCUGCACGCCCCACCGCCGGCAAAGAUCAAGCGGGAGCUGCACAGCCCUUCCUCGGAGCUGUCGUCUUGCAGCCACGAGCAGGCUCUCUGCCCCGGCUACAGGGACAAGUGCCUCUACAACUGCUGUGCCUACGACAGGAAGCCCCCCGCCGGGUUCAAGCCAUUAACGCCGCCCGCCACCCCGGUGUCCCCGGAGGGAUCGGCCCUGCCGCCGCCAGCCCCGGCCGUGCCCCAUGGGCCGGCCCCAGCCCCACACCCGCUGCAGGAGCAGAGGCAGCAGACCUUCGCCGUGCCGCGGCCGCCUCACCCGCCCAUGCACAUGCCAAAGAUGAUGUCUGAAAACCAAUACCCCACAGAGCACAGGUUUCAGAGGCAGCUGUCCGAGCCCUGCCACCCCUUCCCGCCGCAGCCCGGGGUCCCGGGGGACAGCCGCCCCGUCUACCACCGGCAGCUGUCGGAGCCCCUUGGCCCUGCCACCCCUCGCCCCCCUCAGGGAUUCAAGCAGGAGUACCACGACCCACUCUACGAGCACGGUGGCCCCGGCCUGCCCGGUCCCCCCGGCCAUGGCUUCCAGCCCCCCAUGGGCAUCAAGCAGGAGCCCCGGGACUACUGCAUUGACUCAGAAGUGCCUAACUGCCAGUCCUCGUACCUGCGGGGGGGCGUCUUCCCCAGUGGCCAUGAUGGAUUUUCAUAUGAAAAGGACACACGAUUGUAUUUUGAUGACACGUGCGUGGUACCGGAGAGGCUGGAGGGUAAAGUGAAGCAGGAGCCCACCCUGUACCGCGAGGGCCCUCCCUACCAGCGGCGCGGGUCCCUGCAGCUCUGGCAGUUCCUGGUCACCCUCCUGGAUGACCCCGCCAACGCCCACUUCAUCGCCUGGACCGGCCGGGGCAUGGAGUUCAAGCUGAUCGAGCCUGAGGAGGUAGCGCGGCGUUGGGGUAUCCAGAAGAACCGGCCAGCCAUGAACUACGACAAACUCAGCCGCUCCCUGCGCUACUACUACGAGAAGGGCAUCAUGCAGAAGGUGGCCGGCGAGCGGUACGUCUAUAAGUUCGUCUGCGACCCCGACGCCCUCUUUUCCAUGGCCUACCCCGACAACCAGCGCCCCUUUCUGAAGACGGAGCCCGACUGCCCGGUGCCCGAGGAGGAGACGGUGCCGCUGACGCACUUUGAGGACAGCCCGGCGUACCUCCUGGAGAUGGAGCCCUGCGGCAGCCUGCCCUACGCCGAGGGCUUCGCUUACUGACUCGGCCAGCCGGCGGAGCCGCGAGCACUAGUGCAUCCACUUUGGGCAAAUACAGUUUUGUAAAGAAUCUUUUUUGCCCCUCGUAAGGAGAGGGGGGAAAAAAAAAAAAAAAAAACAAAACAACAAAAAAACAAAAACAAACAAAACAAAAAAACAAACCGAGAAACAGCGCCUGUGUACACGCACAAAUUGGAGGAAUCUAAAACGCCCUGUGUGUGUCACUGCUGAAUUCCCACCCUUACUGUCCAAGGGCUAGUGCAUAGGACUGCCCGUGGCUAGCACCUCCCGCCAAGCCUCGGCGUGAGGUUUUGGGGGCAACGGGAGCUCAAGCUGCAGUCUCUGACCCAGGCCCGGGGCCGGGCUGAGCCGGCGUGCCUGCCUCGCCACUUGUCACGACAAUCUGCUUUGCAUUGAGCGCGAUCUGCGUAGCUGCCUUGUGUGGUGGAAAGGGCUUUGAUUUGCACAGAGGAGGGAUACGGGGGGGAAGGGGGGGGGGCAGCACCCUGGGGCUGAUUACGCAGCAUUCUACCCGCCAACCCCCAGGAGCCUUCUGCCUUCUUCCCAAACUGCCCCUCCCUGCCCCCCCCCCCGCCUUGUGAUAUACCUUGAUAUGAUGGUUUCUCAGCCCCUCACGGGUCCUGUCCCUGCCCCUCUUCUUCCCCCUCCCCAGCUCUGGCUGCAGGCCACGGGUUGCAUUUCAGGGGGGGAGGCCCUGACACACCCUUCCUUCCUCUUCUCCUCCCUCCCCCCCCUUUUAUUUUUUUUUUUGAUGUUUUAGGUAAAAAAAAAAGAAAUGGUUUCUAAACUGAUUUUUGUAGAUUUUUUGUAUUUUAAGGCAAAGCUAUUUUUUGCAGCCUGGCUGCUGUUCCCAGAGCCCCUGGGGAUGUUCCCCCUGGCUUUCCCGGUGCCACGCUUGCAAGGGGUGCCCGUGGCUCCCCAGGAUGGCUGCCGAAGUAUCUGGUCCACUCCAUUUCACCGCUCGAGUCCUUUUCCCUGGGGGAGCCGGGGCUGAACGCUGGUGCCGGCUCUGCUGCGCUCCCCUCCCCACUCGGCAUGGCCUCGGAGCUGGGCUGUAAGGCUGCGGCAGGCAGGGACAGCGGGGUCCCCCACCCCGCUUCCUUCCAGCUCCCCCCCUCACCCCCCGCUGCACCUCCUAAACACUCCUCCACCACUCAUAUAUCCAUACCUGCCUCUCCCCCAACCCCCACUGGCUACAUGUUUUUGUUGUAAAUGCUGUAUAGGAAAUUUUUUCUCUUACUUAGUUAGCUUUGGUUGGAUUUUUUGAUUUUUUUUUUUUUUUUUUUUUUGACUGAUUCAUUCUUUUUUUUGGGGAAGUAUGAAGAUUAACUCUGGGUAGACUCGGUUGCUCUCCCCACAGUGGCCUGUACCCGUGGGGAGCAUUGAGUUGUGGGAACCCCGCCUUGGGGACAGGGUUUUAGCCAUUUGCUCGGUGUGGCGGGUCUACAGUGUCGAAGGGGUUAAUCUGAGGACUGAUUUGAAAUAAUCUUUACUUGAGCAGGGCUGUGUAUCUCCUGCAAAGCUGCAUUACAUUCUGUACUGUGUACAAUAAAGGAUCUUGCUUUCUGUUCCA